AUGCAGAAAGCACAAGAAGUUCUCGGCAAGGUGACGGGAGGGUUCACAGGGCCAAAAUUGCCUACUGCUAAGUUGGGAAAGAAUGGUCCGGAGAUCACGCGUCUAGGCUAUGGCACGAUGGGUUUGAGUGCCUUCUAUGGCAAGCCAAAGCCUGACGAGGAGCGUUUCAAGGUGCUCGACCGUUGUUAUGAGGCUGGAGAACUCAACUGGGACAGCACCGAUAUGUACAUGGAUAGCGAGGAUCUACUGGGCAAAUGGUUCAAGGCCAACCCCGGCAAACGCGAGCACAUCUUCUUAGCGACCAAGUUCGCCAACAAGAUGGAUGCCGAUGGCAAUCGCUCAGUCGACACUACACCCGAGUACUGCCGCUCCGCCUGUGAGAAGUCGCUCAAGCGUCUCGGUCUGCCGUACAUCGAUCUAUAUUAUGCCCAUCGUCUAGACCGCGUAACGCCGGUGGAGAAGACGGUCGAGGAGAUGAAGAAGUUGAAGCAAGAAGGCAAGAUCAAGUACCUGGGUCUGUCCGAAUGCAGCUCCGAGUCCUUAAGACGUGCGUGCAAGGUCGAGCAUAUCGAUGCUGUGCAGAUCGAGUACUCGCCCUUCUCGCUCGAUAUUGAGAGUGAGCAGAUUGGGUUGAUGAAGACUUGUCGCGAGCUUGGAGUGGCUAUCGUUGCUUAUAGUCCUAUUGGUCGUGGUAUGCUCGGUGGCCAGAUCCGCAGCCCAUCCGAUUUCGAAGAGGGUGAUUUCCGCAAGUUCGCGCCACGCUUCUCGCAGGAGAACUUCCCAAAGAAUUUGAAGUUGGUCGAUCACAUCAAUGAGAUCGCCAAGAAGAAGGAUGCUACGGCCAGCCAGCUGACAUUGGCUUGGCUUCUUGCUCAGGGCGACGAUGUCUUUCCUAUUCCCGGCACCACAAAUCUGGGGCGUCUGGACGAGAAUAUUGGCUCGCUGAAGAUCCAUUUGUCGAAGGAGGAGGAGCAAGAGAUUCGCAAGGCCUGCGAGGAAGCUGAGGUCCACGGCGGCCGAUAUGCUGAGGCUAUGGCGGCGACGCUAUUCGCGGAUACGCCGCCAUUGUAG